AACAGUCAGUGCUCUUAACUUCUAAGCCAUCUCUCCAGUCCCUUAUUAUUAUUUCAUAAGUGUAUAUGUCUAUGCAUGGGUAUGUACACGUUUGUGUGAAUGCAUGCAGAAGUCAGAGGCCUUUGGCACCCUUGAAACUGGAUGUAGGUGCUGGGAACUGAAUUUGAGUCCUCUGGAAGAGCAACAAGUAUGAUCUCGCUAUGUAGAUCAGGCUGCCCUCAAACUCAGAGAUCUGCCUGCUUCUGUGUAAGUGCUGAGAUUAAAGGUAUGUGCCACCAAACUGGCCUCAUUGAAUGAGUUUUGAUGAAACUCAAGUCAAUAACUUCAAUAACUCAAACAGCUAUUUUUUUAAAUAUUUACAUUUCUUACUUUGUGUGUGUAUGUACAGGAACAUACAUGCCACAGUAUGCAUGUGAAGGCCAGAGGACAACUUGUGGGAGUCAGGUCUCUUCUCACUCUCCUCACCCACAGGUCCUGAACAUCGUGGCAGGGGACAUGGCAGCAGGCUGGCAUGGCACUGGAGCAGUAGCUGAGGGCACACAUCUCAAUCCACAGGCACAAGGCAGAGAGAGGCAGCUAACCUCAAUCUCUCUCAAAGCCUGCCCCCAGUGACACACCUCCUCCAACAAGACCACACCUCCUAAUCCUUCUCAAACAGGUCCACCAACUGGGGACCAAGCGUUCAAACAUUGGAGCCUAAGGGUCGCUUGUAAUUAAGUUCAUUCAUUACCUUCAUUCCCUUCUUCUCCAGACUUCAUUGUUAGCCACCAGGGGGCACCCCUGAGAGCUUCGUAACUUCCUGAGUAAAUGACAAUUAUAGGAACGACAAACGACAAAAAACUUUCUUGAACCUAUGAUGUCUCUCGCCAUUCCCCUUUUCCUGAUGCAGGGGGAGGCAAUAGAACGUCCCUGUGUGGGUACGAACCGGGCAUUGUGUCUGUUAACAUCAGCGGGGCUGGCUGGGCAGUGGGUGCUGGCGCAGGCAGCUGGGGAGGCUAAGGCAGGAGGAUCUCCACGAUUUCCAGACCAGCCUCAUCCACAUAGACCGAUCAUCUUAAGAAAAAAAGAAAUGGGGUGUGUGUGUUUGUGGCCCGGGCUGGCCUCAAUCCUCCUCUAGCCCCCCGGAGCACUGGGAGGCUUCUAGAACCAGGGGGUUCUUCCUGCUCUGGGGUGUGUCUCUCUGCAAUGCGGCUUCCCUCGGGGGUGAGUAUUCACUGUUUUACACAAAACACUGCAUUGUCUGUUUAUUUUUCAACAGUUCACGAGGUUUCCAACACUAAGUCUUUUUGUAGAUGAGAAGCUGCGUCUCAGAGGACUUGAGCAAUGGGUGUGUAGAGAAAGGAGGUCCGCAAGCCCAGUUCUGUGCAUCUUAGGGUGUUCAAGGGGGGGGGGGUCUGGCUGUUCCUCAAGCCUCCUCAGAAAAUCACUGGCGUCGGACAGGAUCUCUCCGGGUCGGACUGCCUCUUUGGUUCCACUCUCCUGCACCCCAAUGAAUCAGGGACUCGGGCUGCAUGUUGCACUGAUCCCUAAAGGGUUAAGGCCUGGGUGCCGCCCCUUUUCCCGCCCGGCUGGCGGGAGUAUGAAUACCCUCGCCCCAGCUCCCUGCUGGAGUCGUCCGCUUCCGCUGGGUCACUGUCGCCGCCGCUACUUUUCCUCUCCCUUUAAAGCUCCGAAGGCCGCUCCCUUCUCCCGUGCUGCACGUCCUCCCGCCCUCGGUGGGCCAGACCAGCGACAUGGAGGGUUGCGUCGGGGAGGAAUCUUUCCAGCUGUGGGAGCUCAAUCGACGCCUGGAGGCUUACCUGACCCGGGUCAAGACGCUGGAGGAGCAGAACCAGCUGCUCAGCGCCGAGCUUGGGGGACUCCGGGCGCAGUCCGGGGAUGCCUCCUGGCGGGCCCGAGCCGACGACGAGCUGGCAGCCCUGCGUGUCCUCGUCGACCAGCGCUGGCGGGAGAAGCACGAGGCCGAGGUGCAGCGCGACAACCUUGCUGAAGAGCUGGAGGGCGUGGCGGGCCGGUGCCAGCAGCUGCGGCUCGCCCGGGAGCGGACCAGCGAGGAGGCGGCCUGCAGCCGGCGCGCGCUCGAGGCGGAGCAGAGUGCGCAGGGCUGGCUGAGCAGCCGGGCGGCCGAGCUGGAGCGCGAGUUAGAGGCUCUGCGGGCGGCGCACGAGGAGGAGCGAGCGCAUCUGAACGCGCAGGCGGCCUGUGCGCCACGCCGGCUCCCCGCGCCUCCCCGUGGACCCCCGGCGCGGGCCCCCGAGGUGGAGGAGCUGGCCCGACGGCUCGGCGAAGCGUGGCGCGGGGCGGUGCGCGACUACCAGGAGCGCGUGGCUCACAUGGAGAGCUCGCUGGGCCAGGCCCGCGAGCGGCUGGGCCGAGCCGUGCGGGGCGCUCGGGAGGGUCGCCUAGAGCUGCAGCAGCUGCAGGCUGAACGCGACGGCCUCCAGGAGCGCAGAGAGGCGCUGGAACAGAGGCUGGAGGGCCGCUGGCAGGACCGGCUGCAGGCCACUGAAAAGUUCCAGCUGGCUGUGGAAGCCCUGGAGCAGGAGAAGCGGGGCCUACAGAGCCAGAUCGCUCAGAUCCUGGAAGGUGGGCAGCAACUGGCACACCUCAAGAUGUCCCUUAGUCUGGAGGUGGCUACAUACAGGACUCUGCUGGAGGCUGAGAAUUCCCGGUUGCAGACACCUGGCCGAAGUUCUCAGGCUUCCCUUGGCUUUCAUGACGCCAAGCUGAAGCUGCAUUUCCUUGGGAUACCAGAGGACCAGCACCUGGGAUCUGUGCUCCCUGUCCUCAGCCCAACACCCCUGCCUUCCCCCUUGCCCAGUACCCUUGAGACGCCCGUGACAACCUUUCUGAAGACCCAGGAAUUCCUUCAAGCCCGAACCCCCACCUUGGCCAGCACCCCCAUCCCAGCCAUGGCUGAGGCUCCCUGUCCUACAAAAGCAGAGGUCAGAGCCCAGGAUGCCCCUCUUUCCCUGCUCCAGACACAGGGUGGGAGGCAACAGGGUCCAGAGCCUCUCUGGGCUGAAGCCACAGGGUCUGUUUCCACUGGUGUCCUCCCAGAACUAGAGGAACCUGGGGGCAAGCAGCCUGGCCGCUUCCCCGAGGAUCCAACCUCCUCAGCCCCAUCUCUCAAUCCUCAUCACCCUGUUUUAGAGGCUAAAGAUGGAGAAUCCAGUGAGUCUAGAGUAUCUAGCAUAUUCCAGGAAGAUGAAGGGCAAAUCUGGGAGCUAGUAGAGAAAGAAGCUGCCAUAGAAGUAAAAUUAGAGAGCAGCUUGGAGCAGGAAACACAAGAAGAUGGUCUGGACAUGGAAGAAAUCCAGGAUUCCCAGGGUCCUUUGCAAAAGGAAACCCUGGAGGCUCUAGGAGAGGAGACACUGAUAUCUCUGAAAAUCCAGAGCCAUGAGACACCAGGGAAGGAGAAUAGCAGUUCUCUGAGGUCUAUAGACGCGAACCUCGGAACACUAAAAAACCCAGAAAAAGAAAAACAAACAUUACUGAAGUCUUUAGAGGAAAAGGAUGUAGAGGCAGAGAAAACUCUAGAAAAGGAGGUUCCUGAACUGCCUAAGCCUUUAGGAAAAGAAGACCCAAGAGUCGAGGAGCAAGAGUUAAUGUCUCCUGAAGGUACACUAGAGACAGUUUCAUUUACAGGAAAGGAAAAUUACGAAGCGGUGAGGUCCUCAGACGAGGAGAACUUAGAGUCAUUGACAGCUUUGGAAAAGGAGAGCCAGCAUCCACUGGGAUGUCCAGAAGAAGAGGACCAGAGGGUUGAGAGGCUGGUAGAAAAGGAGUGUCUGGAGUCCCUGAGGUCUCUAGAUGAGGAGGACCAGGAGACAUAUAAACCUCUGGAGAAAGAGAAUCAGGAGCCGCUCAAGUCUGUAGAAGAAGAGGACCAGAGGGUUGAGAGGCUGAUAGAAAAGGAGUGUCUGGAGUCCCUGAGGUCUCUAGAUGAGGAGGACCAGAGGACUGUAAAACCUCUAGAAAGAGAGAAUCAGGAAUCUCUGAGGUCCUUUGAUGAAAACCAGGAGACCAUUGUACCACUAGAAAGCGAGAACCAGAAGUUACUGAAAUCUCUAGAAGCAGAAGAGGAGCAGAGAAUUGUGAAACCUCUAGAAAAAGUGAGCCAGGGCUCCAUGGGGUCUCUAGAAAAAGAGAAUGUAGAGCUCCUGAGGUCUCUAGAAGACAAUGACCAGAUGACUGAGGGCCUGUUAAAAGAAGAGACUCAGGAGUCCUUGUGGUUUCCUGAAGAUAGAAACCAGGAGACCCAGGAUCCACAGAGGUCUCUAGAAGAGGAGGACCAGAGGAUUAUGAAUCAUCUAGAAAAAGACAACCAGGAGUUCCUGGGGUCUCUAGAAGAAGAAGAGCAGGUGGUCAAGAGAUCUCUAGGAAGAGAGAACCAUGAACCACUGAGUUGUGUAGAAAAAAAGGACUGGAUGACUGAGAGCCUGCUAGACCAAGGAAGUCAGGACUCAGGGAAGUCUCUUGAAGAUGAGAACCACGAGACUUUCAGAGCCCUGAAAAAAGAGAAUCCAGAGACCCUGCAACCUCUUGAAGAACAAGACCAAGAGAUACAGAGAUCUCUCCAACAAGAGACUCAACAGGCACUGAGGUCUGUAGGGGAUGACCAGAUGGCAGCGAGACCACCAGAAAAGGUGGGUCCAGAGUUUGACCAGGAAGUAGUUAGAGCUCUUGAAAACCAGAACCAAGAGUCCCUGGUGUCACUGGAAGAAAGAAGUGUGGAGGCAGUGACGUCUUCAGAAACAGAGAACAUAGACCCACUGAAGAACGCAACAGGGGACCUGGAAACAAUGAGCUCUAUAGACACUCAAGAGUCAUUGUGGUCUGCAGAAGUGACUAGAGAGACAACGAAACCUCUAGAAAAUGAAAUUCAAGAACCACUCGAGUAUGUGGAUGGGAACCAAAAGACCCUGAGACCCCUUGAAGGGGAGACUCAAGAACUGAGCUCUCCGGGCAAGUGGGACCUAGAGGCUGUGGAAUCUCCAGAAGGGAUGGCGGAGGGUAGGCAACAGCUGGAAGUGGAAGCGUGCCUAGAGAUGGAGGAGCACCAAGAGUCACUGAGGUCUCUGGAAGAGGUGGGGCAGGAGCUGCCUGGGUCUGGAAAUCCACAGAGGUGGGAGGAUACGGUGGUGGUGGUGGAGAACGGAGCAGUCGAGCAGGACCCACCCUUAGGGAGGACAGGAGUGGGAAGUGAGGAUGAGGCAGAGCUGCCCCGGACAGAAGGUGGGAAAGAAGAUGCUGAUGAGGAGAGGGAGCGGCAGUUAGAUGUCACGGGCGAGGCCUGGAGCCUGGGGAGCUCUGCGCCCACAGAGCAGAGGGUCCCUAGUGAGGAAGGUAGCAGAAAAGGGAGUGCUGAGGCCCUCCAGGACCUGGAGAGACAGCCAGAGCAGAUAGGGGCCCUAGAGGUCCCGGUAGCUCAGGGAAUGCCAGAGGCGACAGAGCCCCUGCUGCAAGAAGAGGAUGGAGCCCAAGCAGGUGGACAAGACUCCGUGGAGGCUACCCUGGGCUCAGAGGUGGCUACCGGAGCGGCACUGGGGCUAGAGCAGGAUGUGGUAGGGUUAGAGGAGCCAAGGCAUCUGGCCAGCGGGGAGGCCAUUCACCCAUCCCUGGGGGAGGAAAGUGUGGAGGCAAAGGUAGCUCAGGACUUGGAAGGGCCUGAAAAAGAACCAAAGGAGGCGGGUGCUGUGGAGUCAGAGAUCUUUGAAUUGCCCAAGACCAGUGACGCUCUGGAAUCCAAGGGCUGCCAGGAGUCAGAGCCUGUGGUGGGCUGGGGAGUAGAGGAGGCCUCGGUGGGGACCUCAGACCACGAGGGCAGUGACGCCCCUCAGCCCAGGCCCUCAGAGACAGAGGAAGAUGAGGGUACACAGGCAACACUGGCACCCCCUGGUCCCAAGCUCGUGGAACCCUGUUCCUCGCUUCCAGCUCUGGAAGAUGCCUGUGAGCUGCAGCCCCAGGCUGAGGGGAUCCAGGAAGCGGGGUGGCAGCUGGAAGGUGUGUCAGAAGUACUGGGAAAGGUAGAAGAUGAGCAAGAGUUUGGUCUUGGGGAGACCCCUGAGGGCCUCCAGGAUUGGGAGGACAGCAGAGAGGAAAGCGAGGCUGAUGUGUUAGGGGAAACUCUCCCUGACUCUACUCCCCUGGGCCUCUACCUGAGGUCCCCUACCUCCCCAGAGUGGGACCUGGAUGGAGAGCAGAGGCUCUCCCCUCAAGGGGAGGCCAGGAAGGAAGGCUGGGGUCCUGCCGUCCUGGCUUCCCAGGGCCUCAGCAGCCCACCAGGGGAAGAGGAGCAAGGCCGAGACUCUGACCUGUCGUCUGAGGAGUUUGAGGACCUGGGGACCGAGGCCUCUCUUCUCCCAGGGGUUCCCCAGGAGGCGGCCGAUCAUCUGGGCCAGGUGCCCCCAGUACUGGACCCUGAAUGCUGGGGUCAGGGGGGGGAGUCUGAUGGGUUUGCCGAUGAGGAAGAGAGUGGGGAGGAGGGAGAGGAAGGAGAGCAUGAGGGAGGGGCUGAGUCAGGUGCUCAGUGGUGGGGGCCAGGGCCCUCUGGUGGAGGCUUCAAGGUCCAGGAUGCCACCCAAAGAGGGGACCUCCUGGAACAUGAGUCUGUGGGUGUCAGUGGUCCCUGGGACGAUGGCCUGAGAGGUGCUACAGCUAAUAUCUCUGUGGCUGCCCUGGAAACUGAGUCUCAGGACAGUGCUGAGCCUUCUGGGUCAGAGGGGUCUGAGUCUGUUUCCUCAGAGGGGGAGGAUCAAGUCCCUGGCCAUUUGGAUGCACCCCAAGAGGUGACUAGCAUGGUCCCAGGGGCAGGAGAUACCUUUGGCAUUGGUGGCCAGGGCCCCAGCUUGGAGUCAGAGCAUGUGAAUGGGAGGAUGGAGAAUGGGUUAGAGCAGUCUGAGGAGCAGGGAGACGUGGAUGGGGGUCAGGAUCAAGAACACCUUUUACAGGAACAGGAAGCGCGUACUCUAAAGGCUCCUUUGGUGGGGUCCCCUGUGCACCUAGACCCAAGCCAGUCCCUGGAGUUCCCUCGGAGUGGAGUAGAUGGAGAUUCCUGGUCCUCAGGGGAAGACUAGAGGGCGUUCCUGUGGCACUGAGGACUAGUGGUGUGUGUGUGUGUGGGGGGGGUCCCUUCUUGAUCUGGGCCAGCAUCCUCAGCUUUGAUAGCUCGAUCUGUGGUGUCUGUCCUGGAGAGGUGUGGCUGGCUGAGGGAGAUGAGGUCCUGUCGGGGCCAUCCGCUUGGACUGUCCUGAAGGCUCAAGUCAGUUGAGCCCCUGUAGUUCUAGGUCCCCUUUCUUCUGCGUCUCACCGGCUGGAAGAAGCCUGGGUUCAGAGCUUUCCCGUGGGGCUGCUCUGGCCAGGUCUUGCUAGUCCUGCCUGUCUGCAGCAGUACCAUCCCUAGGUCUGGCCUAUGCCCAGAGAAGGUGAGGGCAGCAGUUAUGGCUCACCCCUCCCCUCAUCUCAGCCUGCUGAGAUCUUGUUCUGCUCCUCCUUGUUUGAAUAAAGUUGUAUCCCUCCC